AUGGCUGCUGCUUCUUCCUUGUCAGUGAUGGUGCUCUUGUGCCUAGCAGCGGUGGCCUCGGCGCAACUGUCGGCGACAUUCUACUCCAGGUCGUGUCCCAGAGCUCUGGCCACCAUCAAGUCCGCCGUGACGGCCGCGGUUGCACAGGAGCCUCGCAUGGGGGCCUCCCUGCUCAGGCUCCACUUCCAUGACUGCUUUGUCCAAGCAAGUCCCGUCCCGUCCCUCUCAACUCUCAAGUCUCAUUCUCUCCUCGCUCCUACUUAA